UUAUAAGUAGAGGGUUGCAGGCGGGAACCGCAGCCAGGUCCUGAGAGCCGCGGUACACGCCCGGAGGGCCGCUUUUGUCCCAUCUCGCGUGCAGUCUUUUAGCCAAGAUGAGUGACAAGCCAGACUUAUCAGAAGUGGAGAAGUUUGACAAGUCAAAACUGAAGAAAACCAAUACUGAAGAGAAAAAUACUCUUCCCUCGAAGGAAACUAUCCAGCAGGAGAAAGAAAGUGUUCAAACAUCGUAAAAUGGAAAUCUCCUUUCAAGAGCAAAUUUCGACAUUGCUGAAGAGUCUUGGUUUUAGGCCUGUUUUUUGUUAACCUAUGUGUUGGUAGAGAUUUUAAGCACCUGAUGAUGAUUUCUCACAUACACUUCCUGCCUAAGAAGUCAGAGGUGGUCAUUGUCCUCUGAAGUUUGUUUUACACUUCCUGUUGAUACUUAAAUUCCAGAUGGCACAUGCUGUUAAAAAUAUCACCACUGAUUACCUCUGUGUGCGUAGCCCUUGUACUCUUUGCAAGAUAAGCCAGUUUAACCUGCCACAAUGUAUGCCUCCAUUGCUUCUUAAUCUUCAGGAAGUUGCAUGCUUUUGCAGCUUCUCACAGCUUAUUUUCAUUUCUAAUGUAGCAAUAAAAUAGUAAAUAGCAUCAUUAUCUUGAGA